AUGAUACAAGAUCGGUGUAAUCCUAAUCCAUGCAAACAUGAAGCUCCAUGUUCACAGACUGGAGCAACAUUUUAUUGUGAUUGUACAAAAACUGGUUAUGCUGGAGCUGUUUGUCAUCAAAGUGAAUACUUUACAUCGUGUUCAGAGGCUGGUUUAUUUUAUUCCCUACAACAGUCCACAAUUAACAUAACUAUUGAUAUGGAUGGAUCUGGUGUAUUGAAGCCCAUUGAAGUGACAUGUGAUUUCACAAACCAAAAUACCGUAAUGACCACGUUGCAUCAUGAUGCUCCAGAUGAUAUUAUAGUUGAUGGUUAUCAGGCUCCUGGUUCGUACAGACGAAAACUAAAAUAUGGACGUGCUGAUAGGGACACCCUAGGGGAAUUGGUACGCCGAGCAGUUGAAUGCGAUCAGUCUCUUACUUAUCAAUGUUGGAAUGCCAAACUUCUUCAACUCCCUGCUGGAGGUGGAACUACUUAUGAGAAUCGCGCUUGGGGAUGGUGGGUUAGUCAAGAAGGCAGACCACAGUUUUAUUGGGGUGGAGGUGUACCUGGUUUACAGAAAUGUGCAUGUGGUGUUGAAGGUACAUGUACAGGUGAUUCAUUAACAUGUAACUGUGACAGUGACGGUUCAGCGACGCCACCACUAGUUGAUACAGGAUUACUUCAAUUUAAGGAUCAUUUACCAGUUAUGGAAGUUAGAUUUGGUGAUACUGGUGGAAUUAACGAUGAUAAACGUGCAGCAUAUCGAGUUGGACCAUUAAGAUGUUAUGGCGAUAUUUUAUUUGAUAAUACUGUAACAUUUAGAAAAGUGGAUGCAAAUCUUGAAUUACCACCAUUGUAUUCAGAAUUUGCAUUUGAUAUGUCAUUUAUAUUUAGGACAACUAUUACAGAUGCAGUAAUUAUGCAAAAUAAUGGACGUGCAUCAAAACAAUUCUUUGAAGUUCGUAUUCGAAACGGUAAUGCACUACGUGUUGCUUUUAAUGUUGGCAAUGGAAUUCAGUUGACAGAAGUGACUACGGCACACUGGCUUAAUGAUAAUCGAUGGCAUGUUGUACGCUUUGAACGCAAUCGUAAAGAAACACGCUUAAUUGUGGAUACACAAGAACCAUCUGUUAUAGUUGAAUCAUCACAACGUUCAUUUCGUGGGUUUGAUUUUGAUCAACCACUUUACGUUGGUACAACUCAGGCUUUCACAGACGGAUAUGUUGGUUGCUUAUCAAAUUUGCUAAUCAAUGGUGUUGUCCAAGAUAUGCGUGGAUUAGUUGAACGUGGUGUUUUCACUUAUGGCCUAAGCGCUGGAUGCAAACCAAAAUGUGAUAAAAAUCCUUGCUUGAAUAGAGGGGAGUGUGUUGAGUAUUAUUCACAUUAUCUUUGUGAAUGCGGAUUGACUCCGUAUCGUGGAUUCAUAUGCGGACGACAAAUUGGUGGUACAUUCAACAGUGGUCCAAUGGUGAAAAUUUUGCUUGAUAGACCGAAAGAUCGUUUAGGUACUGUAGAAGAAUACAUUCAAGUUGGUUUCAAGACAAAAUCUAAGCGUGGUAUACUUCUUGAAAUGAGAGGAGAAGGAGAAAGCAAUUAUAUCAUUGUGAAAGUAAAUAACAAUGGCGGGAUAACUAUUGAAUUUGAUGUUGGAUUCAAACGAUACGAAGUGACAACUAAUUAUGAUAUAGACUUGACUAACGACCAACACCAUAUGGUGUAUGCAUGGAGGACAGAUCUGGGUACCAAAUGGCAUUUAAAGGUUGAUGAUUACAAUGAAGUAGUAGAAGACUUCAGUAGUCUUCUGUCACCAACAGCUGAUGUGAGGUUAGACGAUCCAUAUGUGCUGUACAUGGGUCGAAAUGACACCUUGCAACCAGCUGAUGGUUUCGAUGGGUGUAUUUAUGCUGCACAGUGGAAUAAUAUAUUCCCACUUCAUUUGGCCUAUGAAGAACCACGGAGUGCAAUGGUCGAAAUGGUCCCAGCAGAUUCUGUCCGUGAAGAUUUAUGUGGUUUUAUUGAAAUAUUGCCAGAAGAACAGCCUAUAGAAAUACGUCCAUCGCCAGCCAUUCCACCAAAUAUUACACUACCCAAACUUACAGAUGACGAAGAACGACAGAAACGAAUUAUUGCUGGAGUGGUUUCUGGAGUAAUCUUGAUUCUAUCCAUCAUUGCCUUAGUACUGUUUUGUCGUCAUUUCACUUUUGAACGAGGUGAUUAUAAUACACGAGAAGCUAAAGGUGCAAGACGUAUGAAAACUGCUGACAUGGCCAUACAGUUUGGACGUACAGGUCAACCAGAGGUUCAAGGAAAGGAAUGGUGGAUAUAA